AUGUUCGUACAAAAGAAAAAACUGGUUGAACAUGUGCUUGCAAUGCGAGCCAAUGGCAGCGGCAGCGAUGAGGAGGAGGAGGAGGAGGAGGACGAGGGCGACAUUUUGCAGCGAAGACGCGAAGAAUGCGAGAGGAAAGCGCGCCGAGGGGAGAUGGAUCCCCGUUUGGAGUUCACAUUCCAGCUGCUGAUAGACGCCACUCAGCUGCCUCGACAUCAGCUCAUGGACUACAUAUUCGAAGGGGAUAUGCUCGAUGAGAUUAAUCAGCUCUUUCUGCCGAAUAUGAAGAACAAGCUGCUCUGGUUCUAUCAGGAGGUAGAUGAGCCGGAGCCGCCACCAGUUGUGGAUGCCAAUAAGCCAGGACCCUCACGCACAGGCAUGGCAUCGAGCAGCUCAAAAACACCUCAGGGUGGCGCCUCGCCCAGCGGCUUGCCGCCACCCAAACAUAAGAAAUUAUUUCUAACCGAUGGCUGGACCUGUGCCUUUACCGGCGUAUGUAUUUAUAUCUUUCGCGUGAAUACAUCGAAACAGCUGCCCGAGGAGGGAUUCCAAAAGGAUUUAUAUUGUGGGGUCAUCGAUGCCAAAAAUAUUGGCCUGGUCACCUCCAUCGAGCGUAUUGUGGAGUAUGUAUUUAUGCAGGCCCUGGCUUUUCCCAGCCUGGAGGGCGAUGAGGAGGAUGUCAGCUGUGGCUUAAUCAAGGGCCAACUGCUUCCGGGACUGAGGUCCUUCUGCAGCGCUUUGCGUGUUUGUGAGCAGGUCUGCGAUCAUUAUAACGUUUUUGCCGAUGGCAACGAUAUGUUCGACGGUUGCAUUGUCGUCGAAGAGGUCAAGGACAUGGCCAAAAAUCAGGAAUUCUGCACGCAACUGGAGGAGCGUGUCAACAACUGGUCCAAGGGUAUACUCAAAAUACUUGGCGAAAGCGAGCAGCUGCGCAAGGAGAACGAUCACAGCGGUCCCCAGGAUGAGCUGGAGUAUUGGAAGAAACGGGGUGCACAAUUUUCGCAGUUGUUGGCCCAUCUGCAGGACAAGGAGGUGCAGUUCACGUUGCACUGCCUCUUCCUCGCUGGCUCGAGAAUUAUGCGCCAGUGGAAGGAGACCGAUCGCAAGAUAACCUUUUGCUACAACGAGGCACGCGAUAAUUCCAAAUUCAUCCAGGCCAUGGAAACGUGCUGUCAUUCCCUAUAUCUGGACGAUCCUGUCAGCAUGAAGGAGUCCAUAUUGAGUCUGCUCCAAACAGUGCGCCUCAUCUACAGUGUCUCACAGUUUUAUAACACCUCCGAACGCACAUCUGCUUUAAUGGUUAAGAUAACCAACCAAAUGAUCGAGACAUGCAAAUCGUACAUCACCUGUCGCUGCAAGGAGACAAUUUGGUCGCAGGAUCGCAGUCUUAUACGCACUAAGCUGAGCAAUUGCAUCAAACUCAAUCACAUCUACCAUGAGACCUACUAUACCGUUAGGGAGCAGCCAUUUCUGCCCCAUCAGACGCCAUUUGGUUUCUCCGAGAAUUUUGUAUUUGGCAAAUUCGACACUUUCUGCGAGCGUCUCUCGAAGAUCAUAAAUAUGUUUAAUCUCAUUGAUGAUUACAAUCAUUUGUUCGAGCGCCGUUUGGAGGGUCUGCUGUUGGGCGAGGCCCUGGAGGAUGCCUCCAAUCACUUCGAAGAGGCAAAAAAGGAGAUAACAUCCAAGAAAUAUGAUUAUUUGGAUCAUCGCAAUGCCGAUUUUAAUGAUGAUUUUAAUCGGUUCAUCAACAAAACGGAUUCACUGAAGGAUACAAUUGCCACUCUAAUCGAACGGGAUUUCGAUACGGUGUGGGAGACGCCUCAGUGCAUACGCUUCCUGGUGCGCUUCGAGAAGGUUAGCGAGAAGAUUCCACUGACUCGCAUGGAUGAGAAGUACACGCGGAUUUUGCGCUAUGUGGAAAAAGAGGUGGAUCGCAUCCUAAAGACCUUUCGCAGGCAACGUGAUGAUCCGCCUUUGGCCCGCAACUUUCCACCGAUUGCCGGUCGGAUUCACUGGUGUCGUGCUCUGAGUUUGCACAUCACUGAGUUGAUGGAUGCCGUCAUGGAUCAUUCUGUGCUCAGCACACAGCCAUUGGCCCGGGAUCUGGAUGUGCGCUUCAAUAAUGUUAUGGGCGUGCUGUUGGAAUAUGAGGAUGAGAUUGUCUCCAUUUGGCUAGAUCAGGAUAUCAGUGUGGCGGAUGCCUGUUUGCUACAGCCUUUGCUCUGUCUGCAGGGCGAUCGUUUGUUUGUUAAUUUGCAUCCAACAAUUCCACUGCUCAUUCGGGAGGCCAAGAUGUUGGCCAAGCUCAAAAUCGAGCUACCCAUUGUGGCAGCCACGCUGAUGAGUCGCCAUCAGUACUUUAUAACCAUACAGGACUCACUGAAUAGCCUUAUCAAGAUGUUCCUGUCAACGGUGAAGGCUGUCAAGUUGGAGGUGCGUCCUCUGUUUCUGCCGCAACUGGUGCGUCUGACUGCGAUGCUGAAGCCGGGCUUGCAAAGCAUCAAUUGGACCAACCAGAACUGGACACAGUUCUAUGAGCGUUGCAAGCAGGCCAUUGAAACCUUUGAGGUGCUUGUGGCACGCGUCCAUGACAUCUACUCCAAUCGCAUAUUGAACGUGCUCAUGUGGAUGCAGGACGUCUCGCUGCAGAUACUGCCAGCAGACGAUGAAAUCUGGACCGUUGAUGAAUUUCUCGAGCGCAGCGAGGAGGCAUGCAGAAAAGCAGCCAUUGAACUCAAUCGCAAGAGUCAAAUGGUCUCCGAGGCGGUGGAGGAAGUCCUCAGUUUGGUGGACAAGGCAACGGAAAAAUUUAAAGAGAUUGCUGGCGACGAUGUGGUUACCUUGUUCGAUGCCUCGCCGAAGGGUGAACAGACGGGCUCGGGUGGACGCAAAGCGGAUGAGGCAGGAACAUCUGCAGCGGCUGCUGGUGGAGCAGCAACAUCUGGCGCUGGUGGUGGUGGCGGAGGUGGGGGAGGUGGUGGGCAACAGCAGGACUGGAGUAUUUUGUGGUCCUGCUUUGAGAAUCCGCUGACACUGCUUUCCACCUCUGAUAGUCUGCCCAAGGGUAUGCAGGAUAUGGUCUGCAAUGCUGUCGUUGAAAUGCGGCGCUAUUAUAGCCGCAAGGUCAUCGAUGUGCUGAUCAAGGUUAUCCGGGCGGCGCUGGACACAAUGCGGCGUCGGUUCAUCGCCGAUGAACAUGAGACGGUGAUGAAGAAGCCGAUUUUUGCGCUGAACGCGCAGCUGCAGAUACCCAAUGUGGUCAUCAAGCCGAGUCUGGACGAGCUGCAGGAUAUAUUGGUGACGGCUGGCAAGAAUAUCACGGGCAUUGCGAAGGGUGUGGCGCAGUGGACUAGCGGCAAGGAUCCGCCGCAAGUUUCGAUGACGGCGCAGCCGCGCGUCGGACGCAACCACACUGACGCCGCCGGCGGCUCAAAGAAUCGACGCCGCAAAAUCUAUUGCCUUGCCUCCGAGGAGCGUCCCCAGAUGCCGCACAUGCUCAAAAGUUUCUAUUCGGCCAUCAUGGACAACAAAGAGGUGGCCAAGGCAUUGAAUCAGCUCUCCAGCUGCACCAAGAACAUCAAGCCCGAGAUACAAACUUACAUUAAGCGCUGGAAACCGUAUCAUUUCCUCUGGAAGAAUGAUCGCACCACGCGCCAACUGAUGGAAUUUGGCCUGCAGCAGUUUGAGUCUACAUUGCGUUGCCUGGCGGAGCUGGAUGCCAAUCUGCUCAUCGAACCGGACAUGGAGGUCUUCGGACAGUGCGUGGCAGUCUAUAAUGAAAGGCUCAAGUAUGGUUUGGCCAUUGAGAUCAAGUCAUGCAACCAUAAAAUUGGCCAGGCCAUGAAAAAGAAGUAUAAGAAGGAAAUGGACUACGUCUAUGCGGUGAUCAAUGAAAUGGAUCGUAAACUCGAUAGGCCCAUUCGUGACCUUGACGAUGUGCGCAUGGUUAUGGAGACAUUGGGAAAGAUACGUGAACAGGAGGUGGACAUGGAGCUGCGCAUAGACCCCAUUGAGGAGGCCUUUAAUGUGCUCACCCGCUACGAGGUGCAGGUGGAGCGGGAGCAAUUCGAUUUGGUGGAUAACUUGCGUGCCACGUUCCAGAAUCUGUUGGCGGGGGCAUUGCAGGCGCAAGUGAAGCUGCUGGACAUGCAGCCGGCGUUCCAGGGCGACUUGCGCAGCAAUCUAGACAGCUUUAAGCAGGAUAAAAUUGCUUAUGUGACGGAAUAUCGCACAGCGGGACCCAUGCAGGCGGGUCUGACGCCGCGCGAGGCUUCCGACCGUCUGAUAUUGUUCCAGAAUCGCUUUGAGGGCAUGUGGCGCCGCCUACAGACGUACCAAAGCGGCGAGGAACUCUUCGGUCUACCGCAAACCGAUUACCCAGAGCUGGGCCAAAUACGCAAGGAGCUCAAUUUGCUGCAGAAGCUAUAUAAGCUUUAUAAUGAUGUGAUUGAUCGGGUUAGCAGCUACUAUGAUAUACCAUGGAACGAGGUGGACAUUGAGGAGAUCAACAAUGAAUUGAUGGAGUUCCAGAAUCGUUGCCGCAAGCUACCCAAGGGCCUUAAGGAAUGGCCCGCAUUUCAUGCUCUGAAAAAGACCAUAGAUGAUUUCAAUGACAUGUGCCCAUUACUGGAGUUGAUGGCGAAUAAAGCCAUGAAGCCACGCCAUUGGCAACGGAUCAUGGAUGUUACUCGCUACAUCUUCGAGUUCGACUCGGAGGGUUUCUCGCUCAAGAACAUACUGGAGGCGCCGCUCCUCAAGCACAAAGAAGACAUCGAGGAUAUCUGCAUCAGUGCGAUGAAGGAGAAGGAUAUCGAAGCCAAGCUCAAGCAGGUGACCAACGAGUGGUCCGUUCACGAGCUGCAAUUCAUGAGCUUUAACAAUCGUGGAGAGCUGCUGCUCCGCGGUGAUACCACAGCCGAGACCAUUGGCCAGCUGGAGGAUAGUUUAAUGGUGCUCGGCUCACUCCUAUCGAAUCGCUAUAAUGCGCCCUUUCGCAAACAAAUCCAGCAAUGGGUCUACGAUCUGUCCAAUUCCAAUGAGAUACUGGAACGCUGGCUGCUUGUUCAAAAUAUGUGGGUCUAUCUGGAGGCUGUGUUCGUGGGCGGCGACAUUGCCAAACAGCUGCCCAAGGAGGCCAAACGAUUCUCAAAAAUCGACAAGUCCUGGCAAAAGAUCAUGCAGCGUGCCCAUGAGACUCCAGGCGUUGUGGCUUGCUGCGUGGGCGAUGAUCUGCUCAAGCAGCUGCUGCCCCAUCUUCAGGAGCAACUAGAAAUCUGUCAGAAAUCAUUGAGUGGCUAUCUAGAACGCAAACGGAUUAUGUUUCCGCGAUUCUUCUUUGUCUCGGAUCCAGCGCUGCUCGAGAUACUUGGACAAGGCUCAGACUCGCAUACCAUACAGAAUCAUCUGCUAAACAUAUUCGAUAAUACCAAAUGCGUAAAAUUUCAUGAUGUUGAGUACAACAAAAUGAUGGCGAUAAUUAGCAGCGAGGGCGAGAUGAUACAAUUGGAUCGUGCCAUACGUGCCGAGGGUUCUGUCGAGACAUGGCUAACUCAAUUGCUGGUCACAGCACAGCAGUCAUUGCAUUCGAUAAUACGCACCGCAUAUGCGACAAUAAACGAUCCGAAUUUCACGCUGCUUAGCUUCCUUGAGAAGGUGCCGGCUCAAAUCGGUUUAUUGGGUAUACAAAUGAUUUGGACGCGAGAUGCAGAAAUGGCUCUGAUGCAGGCCAGACAUGAGAGGAAGGUCAUGUCCGAGACGAACAACAAGUUCCUCGAAAUGCUCAACACACUCAUCGAUCAGACUACACGAAAUCUGUCCAAACGUGAAAGAACCAACUUUGAGACACUAAUCACAAUACACGUGCAUCAGCGUGAUAUCUUUGAUAUACUGUGCCGCAUGAACAUUAAAUCCUCAAACGAUUUUGAGUGGCUGAAGCAAUGUCGAUUUUACUUUAAAGAGGAUUUGGACAAGACUUGGAUAUCCGUGACAGAUGUUACAUUUACCUAUCAGAACGAGUAUCUCGGCUGCACAGACCGUUUGGUCAUAACGCCUCUAACGGAUCGUUGCUACAUUACUCUGGCCCAGGCAUUGACCCUUAGCAUGGGCGGGGCGCCGUGUGGACCCGCGGGCACUGGCAAAACGGAGACGGUCAAGGAUAUGGGCAAGACGCUGGCCAAGUAUGUGGUCGUUUUUAAUUGCUCCGAUCAAAUGGAUUACAGGGGCCUAGGACGCAUCUACAAGGGUCUCGCCCAGUCGGGCAGCUGGGGCUGCUUCGACGAAUUCAACCGCAUCGAGUUGCCCGUUCUUUCGGUGGCUGCCCAACAAGUUGCCGUUGUGCUCACCGCCAAGAAGGAGAAAAAGAAGUCGUUCCUGUUCACGGAUGGCGACACUAUCGAAAUGAAUCCCGAAUUUGGCAUCUUCAUAACCAUGAAUCCGGGCUAUGCUGGUCGCAAGGAACUGCCUGAAAACUUGAAAAUCCAAUUUCGAACGGUUGCGAUGAUGGUACCGGAUAGGCAAAUAAUCAUAAGGGUUAAAUUGGCCAGUUGUGGAUUUUUAGAGAAUAUUACGCUGGCACGCAAAUUCUAUACCCUGUACAAGCUCUGCGAGGAGCAGCUCACAAAACAAGUGCACUAUGAUUUUGGCCUGAGAAAUAUAUUAUCGGUGCUGCGCACUUUGGGAGCGGCGAAGCGACGGAACUCUAAGGAUAGCGAGAGUACGAUUGUGAUGCGGGUCCUGCGCGAUAUGAAUCUGUCCAAGCUGAUAGACGACGAUGAGCCGCUUUUCAUUUCGCUUGUGUCGGACUUGUUUCCCAAUCAGACUCUCGAAAAGACCAACUACCCUGAAUUGGAGGCAGCUAUACUUCAGCAAACGGAAGAGGCUAGUCUGGUCUACCAUCCUCCAUGGGUUCUGAAACUUAUACAGCUCUACGAGACGCAGAAUGUGCGACACGGCAUCAUGACCUUGGGCCCCAGUGGUGCUGGCAAAAGUACCUGCAUACACACCCUAAUGAAGGCCAUGACUCAAAUGGGCGACUAUCAUCGCGAGAUGCGCAUGAAUCCCAAGGCCAUAACAGCUGCACAGAUGUUCGGACGCCUUGAUGUGGCCACCAAUGAUUGGACCGACGGCAUCUUCUCGGCUCUGUGGCGCAAAACGCUCAAGCUGAAGUCGGGUGAGCAUGUCUGGUUGGUUCUGGACGGGCCCGUCGACAGCAUCUGGAUAGAGAACUUGAACUCUGUGCUGGAUGAUAAUAAGACCCUUACGUUGGCCAAUGGCGAUCGGUUGACAAUGGCGCCUACGGUUAAGAUUAUCUUCGAGCCCCACAAUAUUGAUAAUGCAUCGCCAGCAACCGUUUCACGCAAUGGUAUGGUUUAUAUGAGCUCCUCAGGCUUGGAUUCGCGACCGAUUGUUCAGGCUUGGCUUAAGAAUCGCGCGCCUGGUGAGAAGACCACGUUCUCACAUCUGUUUGAUCAGACUUUUGUCGAUGUCUAUAAUUGGGGAGCGCAGAAUGUGAAGCUGCAGAUGCCUGUGUUACAGUGCAACAUUGUGCAGCAGAUGCUGUUCAUAUUGGAGGGUCUAAUACCCUCGAAAAAGGAUGAGGAGCCGGCUGUGAGCUUGUCCAGCAAGGAGAGUCAGGAUGCGGCCAAGCGUUCUGAGCAUCAAAAGCAACUCGGAGAAGCGCGACGGCAAUCGAUUGGCAGUCAGAUUGUCGAUGAUCAGCCCGAUGAGAACGUCGUGGAGGAGAAGGAGGAUAUGUGUACACCGGAGCACUUGCACCGCUUGUAUGUAUUCGCGCUGGCCUGGGGUCUGGGCGGUUAUCUCUCAACUAGCGAUCGCGUUAAAAUGAAUCUGUAUGUUAAGGAAUCGUUUCCGCAGUUGGACUAUCCGAAGGGUAGUGCCACAGAGAAUACAAUAUUUGACUUUUUCGUUUCUCCAACGGGCGUGUGGCAGUCGUGGAAGACGCUGGUCACACCCUACAUGUAUCCGGAGCUUUCCACACCGGACUAUUUAAGCAUACUAGUGCCCAUUGUGGAUAAUGUGCGCAUCGACUAUCUGAUCGGCACCAUUGCCAAUCAGGAGCGCGCCGUGAUGAUCAUCGGCGAACAGGGCACGGGCAAAACGGUCAUCAUGAAGAACUUCAUGAAGAAAAUGAACAUUGAGACAUACAUGGGCAGGUCGUUCAACUUUUCAUCGGCGACCAGUCCAUAUCAAUUUCAACGGACCAUCGAGAGCUAUGUGGAGAAGCGUGUUGGUGUCACAUUCGGGCCACCCGGUGGCCGCAAACUGAUCGUCUUCAUCGAUGACAUCAAUCUACCCGAGAUCAAUGAGUGGGGCGAUCAAAUAACCAACGAGAUCGUCCGCCAAUCCAUGGACAUGAAGGGCUUCUAUAGCCUGGAGAAACCCGGUGAUUUCACCACCAUUGUCGAUGUACAAUAUGUGGCGGCGAUGGGCCUGCCCGGCGGUGGUCGCAACGAUGUCCCAUCUCGGUUGAAGCGACAGUUUUGUGUAUUCAAUUGCAACAUACCCGACAACGACUCCAUUGAUAAGAUCUUCCGCGUUAUCGGCGAGGGUCAUUACAAUGCCAAGCGCGGCUUUGUGCCCGAGGUUCGGAAUCUCGUCAAGAAAUUGAUACUGGUGACCCGACAUCUCUGGCAGUGUACGCGCGAGAAACUAUUGCCUACGCCGGCCAAAUUCCACUAUGUAUUCAGUCUGCGCGAUUUGUCGCGCAUCUGGCAAGGCAUGGUUGGCACCUUAUCCACAGUGAUCACAGCGGAGAGCGUACUCAUGUCAUUGUGGAAGCAUGAGUGUACGCGUGUAUUUGCCGAUCGUUUUACCACGUUCCAGGACAGAGAGUGGUUCGGCUCAGAGUUGGCGGCGCUAGUGCGCGAGGAGCUGGGCGAGUCCCAUUCCCAAAUGAUAAUACCGAAUCCAGUAUUUGUGGACUUCAUGCGGGACGCCCCCGAGCCAACUGGCGAGGAGGGCGAGGACACUGAUAUGGAAUUGCCCAAGGUCUACGAACCGGUGAACUCUCAUAACUCGUAUGAAGCGCUACGCGAGCGUCUCGUUAUGUUCCUCGCCCAAUUCAAUGAGAUGGUGCGAGGAUCCGGAAUGGAUUUGGUUUUCUUCCCAGAUGCCAUGCUACAUCUGGUGAAGAUCUCCCGCAUCAUUCGGCAUCCGAGAGGCAACGUCAUGCUGGUCGGGGUCGGCGGUUCCGGAAAACAGUCGCUGACAAAAUUGGCAUCGUUCAUUGCCGGCUACAAGACAUUCCAAAUUGCGUUGACGCGUUCGUACAAUGUGGCCAACUUUUUAGAGGACCUAAAGCUGCUCUAUCGCACCUGCGGCGUUCAGGGCAAGGGCACAACCUUUCUCUUCACCGACAUGGAUAUCAAGGAGGAAGGUUUCCUCGAGUAUCUCAAUAAUAUACUCUCGAGCGGCGUCAUCUCGAACCUAUUCUCGCGCGAUGAGCAGGCCGAAAUCGUGCAGGAGUUGACGCCGGUCAUGAAACGCGAGAAUCAACGCAAAACAGCGACCCCGGAAAGUGUGAUGGAAUUUUUUUUGGCGCGCACCUGCACCAAUCUGCAUGUGGCAUUCUGUUUCUCGCCGGUGGGCGAGACAUUCCGUUCGCGGGUGCAGCGCUUUCCCGCCUUGGUCUCCGGCUGCACCAUCGAUUGGCUGCAUCCGUGGCCCAAGGACGCAUUGGUCUCGGUUGCCAGACACUUUCUCAGCCACUUCGAGAUUGAGUGUACACCGGCCGUUAAGGAGGAGUUAGUUAAUGCGCUCGGCUCCAUUCAGGACAUUGUCGCGGAAACCUCGCACGAAUAUUUCCAGCGUUUCCGUCGCGCCACUCACGUGACACCCAAGUCUUAUCUGAACUUCAUUGCCGGCUAUAAGAACAUUUACCAGCUCAAACAGCAAGAGCUGCGCGAUGGUGUGGAGAAGAUGGAUACCGGUUUGGAGAAACUGAAAGAGGCCUCCGCCUCGGUUGAGAUUCUUAAGAAAGAUCUAGUCGUCAUGGAGGAAGAGCUUGUCGAAGCCUCCAAAAACGCUGAAUCUGUGCUAGUUGAGGUCACCGAGCGUGCAAUGCAAGCGGAAAUUGUUAAGAAUCAAGUGCUCAUCGUCAAGGACAAGGCCGAGGCUCUCGUUGCGUGCAUAGCCAAUGAAAAGGCCCUGGCCGAGGAGAAACUCGAGGCGGCCAAACCCGCUCUUGAGGAGGCCGAGAACGCUCUCAAUACGAUCAAACCCGCUCACAUAGCCACCGUACGUAAGUUGGGCAGACCACCGCAUCUAAUCAUGCGGAUCAUGGACUGCGUGCUCAUCCUGUUCAAACGUAAGCUGCAUCCCUGCAUACCCGACUCGGGCACACCGUGUCCCAAACCCUCCUGGCAAGAGUCGCUCAAGAUGAUGGCCAGUGCCACUUUCCUGCUACAGCUGCAGAACUAUCCCAAGGAUACGAUCAACGAUGAGAUGAUUGAUCUACUGCAGCCCUACUUUCGCAUGGAGGAUUACAACAUGGACAUGGCGCGUCGUGUGUGCGGCGACGUUGCCGGACUGCUGUCCUGGACGAAGGCCAUGUCCUUCUUUCACAGCGUCAACAAGGAGGUGUUGCCCCUGAAAGCAAAUCUAACGAUGCAGGAGGCGCGUCUUAAGCUUGCCAUGGACGAUCUGGCUGGCGCCGAGGAGCAAUUGCGCGAACGCGAGGAUGCCCUGCAAGCGGUCAAGGAUCAGUACGACAAGGCCGUGGGCGAAAAGCAGCGUCUGAUGGAUGCGGCCAAUGUGUGUCUGCGCAAGAUGACCGCCGCCACGGCGCUCAUCAAUGGGCUAUCGGAUGAGAAGCAUCGCUGGACGAACCAGAGCAAAGAGUUCAAAAUACAGCUGGGCAAGCUGGUGGGCGAUGUGCUGCUCGCCACUGGUUUUCUGUCCUAUUGCGGCCCAUAUAAUCAGGAGUUUAGGGCUAAUCUGAUUAGAACCUGGAUGGGCAUACUCAAGCAGAAGUGUAUACCGUUUACAGUUGGUUUAAAUAUUAUUAAUAUGCUGGUGGACUCGUCAACGGUGUCGGAGUGGACGCUGCAGGGAUUGCCCAACGAUGAUCUAUCCGUGCAGAAUGCUCUAAUUGCGACCAAGUCGAGCAGUUAUCCGCUGCUGGUGGAUCCGCAGACGCAGGGCAAGCUGUGGAUCAAGUGCAAGGAAGAUCGCAAUGAGCUGCAGAUAACAUCGCUAAAUCACAAAUACUUCCGCACACAUCUGGAGGAUUCGCUGUCACUGGGCAGGCCGCUGCUCAUCGAGGAUGUGGGCAUAGAUCUGGAUCCGGUGAUAGACAAUGUGCUGGAAAAGAACUUUAUCAAGUCGGGCAGCAUAGAGAAGGUCCUAGUUGGUGACAAGGAGUGUGAUGUAAUGCCAGGCUUUAUGCUAUACAUAACGACCAAGCUGCCGAAUCCGGCCUUUAGUCCGGAGGUCAGCGCAAAGACAUCCAUAAUUGACUUUACCGUCACAAUGCGUGGCCUGGAGGAUCAGUUGCUGGGGCGUGUCAUACUCAUGGAGAAAUCCGAUCUGGAGGCGGAGCGUGUGGCGCUGUUCGAGACGGUUAUGCAGAAUCAGCGUAAUAUGAAAGAGCUCGAGGCGAACCUCUUGUUACGGCUGAGCUCCUCCCAGGGCUCACUGGUGGAUGACGAGGCGCUCAUUGAAGUGUUGCGCGUAACCAAAACCACCGCCGAGGAGGUUAACCAGAAACUCAAGAUCUCCGAAGUAACCGAACGCAAGAUAAUGAAGGCCCGUGAGGAGUUCCGUGCUGUGGCCAAGCGUGGAUCUAUUCUGUAUUUCCUAAUUGUCGAGAUGAGUAAUGUGAAUGCCAUGUAUCAGAAUUCGCUCAAGCAGUUCCUGGUCAUAUUCAACAACUCCAUCACCAAGUCGACCAAGUCGAGUGUCACCGAGGAGCGCAUCAUUAUAAUACUACGCUAUCUAACCUACGAGGUAUAUAAGUUCACCAAUCGCAGUCUCUACGAGCGGCACAAGCAGCUCUUCACUCUGAUGCUGGCCAUAAAGAUUGACUAUCACAACGGGAAUAUUAGUCAUGAGGAGUUCUUGACUUUCAUCAAGGGUGGCGCCUCUUUGGAUUUAAAUGCUGUGGCACCGAAGCCAUUCCGUUGGAUAUUGGACAUCACCUGGCUAAAUCUAGUCGAGAUUAGCAAGUUGGACACCUUUUCCACGGUGCUGCAAAUCAUUGAGCUGAAUGAGCGCGACUGGCGCAGCUGGUACGAGUGCGAGAAACCGGAGAACGAAGAGAUCCCAUGUGGAUAUAAUAAUCAGCUGGAUGGUUUUCGUAAGCUUCUCCUCAUACGCUCCUGGUGUCCAGAUCGCACCAUUUCACAGGCUAAAAAGUAUAUAGAAGAAUCUCUGGGCGCCGAGUACAGUGAGAUGCAAAUCCUGGAUUUGGAGGCCACCUGGGCCGAAUCGGAGCCCCGCACGCCCUUCGUUUGCCUCCUAUCCAUUGGCUCCGAUCCGACUACACAAAUUGGUGCACUGGCUAAGCAAAAGGGCAUCAUACUUAAAUGCGUCUCGAUGGGUCAGGGUCAGGAGUAUCAUGCUCGUAAAAUGAUUAUGGAAUCGAUGGCGAUUGGCGGUUGGGUCUUACUGCAGAAUGUACAUCUGUCGCUGCCCUUCUGCACGGAGGUAAUCGAUAUGCUGGUCGAGACGGAGCACAUUGAUGAUACGUUUCGCAUGUGGGUCACCACGGAGCCCCACUCGGAAUUUCCCAUUGGACUGCUACAGAUGGCGCUGAAGUUUACCAAUGAGCCGCCUCAGGGCAUACGCGCCAGUCUGAAGCGAAGCUAUCAGUCAUUUACGCAGGACUUUUUGGACUACACCUCUGCGACGCAGUGGCCAUCGCUUUUGUAUACGGUGGCCUUUUUACACACCAUCGUGCAGGAGCGACGCAAAUUCGGGCCACUCGGCUGGAAUAUACCCUACGAAUUCAAUCAGGCAGACUUUGCUGCGAGCGUGCAAUUCAUCCAGAAUCAUUUGGAUGAAAUGGAUCCGAAGAAGGGCGUCUCCUGGCAAACGCUCGUCUAUAUGAUUGGCGAGGUGCAGUAUGGUGGUCGGGUUACAGAUGACUUUGAUAAGCGACUGCUAACCACAUUCACCUCGGUGUGGUUCUGCGAGCAGCUGUUGUCCAGCGCAUUUGAGUUCUACAAGGGCUACAAGGUGCCCGGCACAAAGAGUCUGCAGGGCUUCAUCGAUUACAUCAACAGUCUGCCCGCCUACGACACACCCGAAGUGUUUGGUUUGCAUUCCAAUGCUGACAUCACGUACCAGAUUAACUCGGCCAAAGGAAUUCUCGAUACCAUACUGAGUGUGCAGCCGAAGGAGGGCGGCGGUGGUGGUGGAGAGACACGGGAGAGCAUCGUCUAUCAAUUGGCCGAGGAUAUGUUGCGCAAGCUGCCGGCACAGUACAAUGAGUACGAGGUGCGUGAGAAUCUGACACGCAUGGGCAUCCUGCUGCCAAUGAACAUCUUUCUCAGGCAGGAAAUCGAUCGGAUGCAACGCGUCAUCAAACGCGUCCACACAUGCCUCUGCGAUCUGAAGCUGGCCAUCGAUGGCACCAUUGUGAUGAGUCCGGCGCUCAAGGAGUCACUGGAUGCCAUGUAUGAUGCCCGUAUACCCGAGACCUGGAUGAAGAUAUCCUGGGAGUCCACCACGCUUGGCUUUUGGUACACUGAACUGCUGGAGCGAAAUGGGCAAUUUCGUACCUGGAUAUCCACAGAUCGUCCAAAGGUAUUCUGGAUGACGGGCUUUUUUAAUCCGCAAGGUUUUCUGACCGCCAUGCGACAAGAGGUAACACGAGCUCACAAAGGCUGGGCACUGGACUCGGUCGUGCUGCAGAAUCAAAUAACUCGCUAUAACAAGGAGGACAUUACCGAGUAUCCCACAGAGGGCGUAUAUGUGCAUGGUCUAUUCCUAGAAGGCGCUUCGCUGGAUCGACGCAGCGGCAAGCUGAUUGAGUCAAGGAUGAAGGUGCUAUAUGAACAAAUGCCGGUCAUAUAUAUUUAUGCCAUUAACACGACCGCGGGCAAGGAUCCAAAGCUGUACGAGUGCCCAAUUUAUCGAAAGCCGCAGCGCACCGACCUCAAGUAUGUCGGCUCCAUUGAUUUCGAGACCGACUUCAAUCCCAAGCACUGGACACUGCGCGGCGUUGCGCUGCUCUGUGACAUCAAAUGAGUGCGGCACACAUUGCAAACCAAAACGAAACAAACAACAACAAUAAUAAUAAGCACAACAACAGCACUCCCCCGCACCGCGUCCCUUUGGCAAUGUCAUUGUUUGCUGUGCUGUCAACUUUUGUACGUGCUUUGUUCUCGUAAUGGUGCUGCGAUAAUUAUCGUUUAUGGGGCGUCCUAUUCCUUCUAUUCCAUAGGCCCUCUUAUGUCAUAGGUCUGCUGCUGUCUGUUAAGCGUCUCGUGUACUGCGUCAGAGAGACAAGUUUAUUAAUUAUGCCCUCGAGUUAUUUAAGAGGCGUUGGCCACAAGGGAACAUUCAUCGUACACCCUAAUUAGCUGUUGGCCCAUGUCUAGAAUUACGUUUAAGUGAUUUGGGCACAAUUUACAGACACUUCAAGUGCACUUGUCAACUGAAAUAAAG